AUGGUGUUUUUGUCUGCCAUUUUCAAUUUUCAGAGUCUGUUGACUGUAAUCUUGCUGCUUAUAUGUACCUGUGCUUAUAUCCGAUCCUUGGCACCCAGCGUCCUGGACAAAAAUAAAACUGGAGUGUUGGGUAUAUUUUGGAAGUGUGCCAGAAUUGGUGAACGGAAGAGUCCUUAUGUUGCAGUAUGCUGCAUAGUGAUGGCCUUCAGCAUCCUGUUCAUACAGUAG